AUGAAAGCACCGGUUUAUGGUAUUGGGCCUAUUGUUAGGUCUAGUGGGCCUACUGAAAAGGCCGAUAACAUACUUGAGUGGUUGGACAAGCAACCGGAUAAGUCAGUGGUGUUUGUGUGUUUAGGAAGUGGUGGUACACUGUCCUUAGAGCAAACUAUGGAACUCGCUUACGGUUUAGAUUUAAGUGGUCAAAGGUUUCUAUGGGUUCUGCGUAGGCCCACUUCUUACCUUGGGGCGAGCUCGAGUGAUGAUGGUCAGGUAAGUGCCGGUCUACCAGAAGGUUUCUUGGACGGCACGCGUGGUGUUGGUCUUGUUGUCACGCAAUGGGCACCGCAAGUUGAGAUUUUGAGCCAUGGAUCGAUCGGUGGGUUCUUGUCUCAUUGUGGGUGGAGCUAUUAG